AAGCGUCAGUGAAAGCUGCGCGCACGGUGCGCGUUUCAGUCACGAGCUUCAUCUGACACCUGUGGUGCUUCAUCGCAUUCGUUCACGUGUACGAAUGACUGAUUACUUGUUUUUAUCUUCAGCAUCUCAUCCCUAUACGUCGUCCUUUCCUACAUUGUUGCACGCGCAAUUGAUAUUUAUUGAUGAGCCACGUAAAGGUUUUUCUGGAUGCUAAAUGAAGAGGAAAACCAAAAUAAUUUGUCAGAUUCAAGAAGUGGCAUCAUGGGAUGCGGCACAUCCAUUGCUGUUGAGAACCAAACGCGACCCUCAGAGACAGAUCGGUCCAUCAAGCAGUCCAGCCCAGCUCUGACUAUAAAAGCUGCCAUUUUGAUCCAGCGUUGGUACAGACGGUAUGUUGCUCGUCUGGAGAUGAGAAGACGCUACACCUGGAACAUCUUUCAGUCCAUUGAGUAUGCAGGUGAACAGGACCAGCUACAGCUGUCCAGUUUCUUCACUUUCAUGUUGGACAACUUCACGCAGGUGAAUGAAAAUGGACCAGACUUGAUCUCUCACCUUUUGGACUCUGUGGUCGACCCUUUAACUGAGGAGGUCAGACAGCUGAAGUACGAGCAGAUUGUUGUGCCAGAGUCAUACAGCGGUCCUCGUAUCUCUUUCCCACUGAGUGUGACUGAUACCAAUGCCCUGCUUAGUGCCUUCAAAGAGGAGCAGACUCUUCAUGGAAAAUUUGUGCUGCAGUUGCUAUACGAAACGAAGAAGUUUUUAAAACAGAUGCCGAAUGUCAUAUACCUGUCGACGUCUUAUGCAAAAGAGAUUACUAUUUGUGGAGAUCUUCAUGGAAGACUGGAUGACUUACUGCUUAUAUUUUACAAGAACGGUCUGCCCUCUGCUGAGAACCCCUACAUAUUCAAUGGAGACUUUGUGGAUCGAGGAAAGAAAUCUAUAGAGAUUAUCAUCAUACUAUUUGCCUUCCUGCUGCUCUACCCAGACCACAUGCAUCUGAACAGAGGAAACCAUGAGGACCACAUCAUGAACCUCAGAUAUGGAUUCACAAGAGAAGUCAUGCAGAAGUACAAGAAACAUGGAAGGGAAAUCCUACAGCUUUUACAAGAUGUAUUCAGCUUACUUCCACUGGCAACUGUCAUUGAUAACAAAGUCCUUAUAGUUCACGGUGGCAUAUCAGACACGACUGAUCUGGACUUCCUGAGCACUGCAGAAAGACAUAAAGUGAAAUCUGCUCUUAGGCUGCCCAAACGCAGCUUGGAUCAUCUGAAUGUUCAGUCCUGCAGUCGCAGCAGCAGCAGACAGAGCGGCAGGUCCAGGCUGGGCAGCCCCUGCUCCACAGGCCGAACCAGCCGUGCAUCCAACAGGAGGAAGAAGCGUUUCACCAAACAGGAGAGCUGCUCUUCGUCGUCUUCAUCCUCUUCUUCUUCUUCUUCAUCAUCAUCUAGGAACACUCCUCAUCGUCUUCCUCCACCAUCCCCCAGUCUUCCUUUAGAGGUGCUCCAGGUCCCUUUCCUGGACUCCUUUGUAUCUCUAGAACCUCCCGAGCCACCCAGAGAGGAGCUGGAGUGGAAACAAAUUGUGGAUAUCCUCUGGAGUGACCCUAAAAAUCAAAAUGGCUGCAGUCCAAACACCUUCCGUGGUGGGGGCUGUUACUUUGGGCCAGACGUAACGCAGGCACUUUUGCAAAAACACGGCCUCUGUCUGCUCAUUAGAUCACAUGAGUGUAAACAAGAGGGCUAUGAGCUCUGCCAUAAUGGACAGGUUAUCACUAUUUUCUCUGCCUCUAACUACUAUGAAGAGGGCAGCAACCGUGGAGCAUACAUCAAACUGGGGCCUGAACUCGUCCCUCGUUUCUUCCAAUAUCAAGUCAGUCGCUGCACCAGAAAACUGACUCUUCAUCAGAGAGUUCGUGCGGCGGAAGGAUCUGCUCUUAGGGCUCUGAAAGAGAAGCUCUAUGCUCACCGCUCUGAGCUGAUAGCUGCCUUUCAACAGUAUGACAUAGACAACACAGGCCGUAUCUCCAUUAGCGAGUGGGCACAGGUGGUCGAGUCUAUUUUGCGGUUGGAUCUGCCAUGGAGAACCCUGCGUCCUCGCCUGGCCCGUCUUGGGCCGGAUGGUGAAGUGGAGUAUGAGUCAUGCUUUGAGGACAUCACCCCUGGAGAACCCAUUCCUCCGGUGACACCAAACCUGGCCGAAACUCUUUAUAGGUACAGAACUGACCUGGAGAUCAUAUUUAACAUCAUAGAUAAGGAUCAUUCAGGUCAGAUCUCCAUCGAGGAGUUUCGUCAGACCUGGAAGCUCUUCAGUUCUCAUUUGGGGGUGGCUGUGAAUGACCAGGCCAUAGAUGACAUGGCUAGAAGCAUUGACUUUAAUAAAGACGGCAGCAUUGAUUUUAAUGAGUUCCUGGAGGCUUUCAGGCUUGUGCAUAAACUGGAUGUCAAAGAGCAACAGCAGGGUUAAUACUGGAUGAUCAGCUCACAAGACGGACUCUUCUAUUCAUCAUUUUUAUUUUCAUCUUAACUCAUAAAACCCUAUGUACAACAUAAGCAAUUACUCAUAGCAUGACUUUCAAGGAUUUGUGUUUUUCUAAAGGUAAAGAGUUUCAAUCUUACUAGCUUGUGUUAAGCAAAUGUGAAAGAGCUUUAAAGGUGCACUGUGUAGAUGUAGAUUUUUACCAGCAUCUAGUGGUGAGAUUGUGACAGCUCAUCACUCCCUUUCGAAAUGCAACCUACGGUAGCCACCACAGGACAAACAUGUCAUCAUCUGAGAGAAUGUAGUGACAAAACGUGCUCUGUAGAGCAGUUUGUCUAUUCAAGGCUACUGUAGAAACAUGGCGCCGCAAAAUGGUGACUUCCAUGUAAGGGGACCCAAGGUGUAUGUAGAUAUAAACGGCUAAUUUUAAAGGACAAGUUCGGUAUUUUAGACUUAAAGCCCUGUUUUCAGAUUGUUUAUGGUCAAAUAGAAUGGUUUUGACUGAAAUUUCGACAUUUUCGGCUGCCCUGAGAAUUUUCGCUUGUUUGUGUUUCAGCUCAGACCUCUACAAUGGCUGUAUAGGUGCACUGGAACAAUCCUUCCUAAAAUGCAUUAAACUUUCGUUUACAAAGACGAGAAACUCACCGAGUGGUCAGGGGUGUUCACUGAUAUGCUCACACAAAAAUCGCGUUAAAAGAUGCUUUCCAACAGCUGUUUUAGCAUUCGUUGUUAACUUGUGGACCUAUUUCCCCAAACGCCUCACACCCGUACAUUCUUCCGCUUAGAGCUUGAAUAAUAAACACUCCAGCCCAGGAGAUGGCGCUAAUCCGCCUUUGCCAAUUGCAAGAAUAGAAACAAAGUUCCCGGCGUGGAGUAAUACCGUACCUCACAGGACGUCUAAUACAGUCAAUGGAGUUGGUAAAAACUACGAUAAAACCUGUUGGAAUGCGUCUUUUGGAGCGAUUUUUGUGUGAGCAUACCAGUGAACACCCCUGACCACUCGGUGAGUUUCACGUCUUUGUAAACGAAAGUUUAAUGCAUUUUAGGAAGGAUUGUUCCAGUGCACCUAUAAAGCCAUUGUAGAGGUCUGAGCUGAAACACAAACAAGCGAAAAUUCUCAGGGCAGCCGAAAAUGUCGAAAUUUCAGUCAAAACCAUUCUAUUUCACCAUAAACAAUCUGAAAACAGGGCUUUAAGUCUAAAAUACCGAACUUGUCCUU